AUGUCUAGAGUAAGACAAGCAGCGAUAGCAGCAGCCAGCGCAGCUGCAGGUGCAGGUGCAGCGCUUUUAUACGCGUCAACCGCUCAACCACGUCAGCCCGAAUCGACGCUCGAGAUCAUUGCUCCCGAUUCACCAGGUAUCUCCCCGCUACCCGAUAUACGAACCAAAAGUCUUCCCGUCCAAGCUCCCCCUCCCGGUCUUGCUAUCACACCCUUUAGCCUUCUCGAAAUCGAUCCAACGGGGAUUUUAACAUACGGCCACCCCGGCCCAGUCGCCGACGAAUUGAAAGCUCUUUCGUUCUAUGGUGCAUACGACCGUCGCACGCGGAAUCCACUAUGGGUCGCAGAACACAUCACCCCGGAAUCCAUGGCUCAGGUCAUCGGAACGCGAAAGAACAACUUUCGGGAAGACCGAAGUAUCCCCAAGAUAUUUCGCGCCAAGGUGAGCGACUACGCCAGGUGCGGGUAUGACCGUGGCCAUCAAGUCCCCGCGCAAGAUGCGAGAUGGUCGCAAAAGGCGAUCGACGACACCUUCAAGAUGUCCAACAUGUGUCCACAGGUGGGCAACGGGUUUAACAGUGGGUACUGGCGGUACUUGGAAGAGUUUUGCCGGAAUUUGACCACAACGUAUCCUUCUGUGCGGAUCGUGACGGGUCCUUUGUACUUGCCACGUCAAGGUGAUGAUGGCAAGUGGCGCGUUAGCUAUGAGGUUAUUGGCUCCAGUGAGGUUCCUGGCGCAGAGGAAAUCAGCGCUAGGGAGGAUAACAACUUUGCGCCGAAUGUUGCCGUCCCUACGCAUUUCUUCAAGAUUAUUUAUGGUGAGAAAGAACCCCGGGAUGAAGACGGGAAUGAGUGUUCCACGGGGGAAGUUGCGCUUGGGGCGUUCGUCCUGCCAAACGCUGUGAUAGCCUCGAAUAAAAAGCUGGCAGACUUUGAGGUCGACGUUGCCCACAUCGAGCGUGCCAGUGGUCUAGAGUUCGUGAAGAAUUUGGACCCCAAGCGACGGACACGGCUGUGUGAGGAGGUUGAGUGCGGUGUCCUGGUUAAGGAAAUGAACAACAAGAUGAAAUCCAAGCUGUGA